UUCGUGCGUGUGACAAGUCCAAGAUAAAAUUCGGAUAAGCUUGGACUAUGACAUAAUUAAAUAAAUUAAAAAAAUCAUCAUCAAUUUUAGUGAAAUAGACAAUAAUUAGCACAUAAAAAAUAUUUUUCAUUCAAUUCAAAUCAAAACACAAAAAAUAUUGAAAAGAUUUUGCCGGAAAUCUAAAUUGCAAGAACUUAGAAGACGAAAGAAUAAGAAUUUAACAGUUAUUCGCUUGCUUGAACACUUCCAACGGGUUAUCGCUAAAUUCCUUAUGAUUGCAAAUCAUAUAAAUUUAAUCAAGACAAAGAAAAUUUGAAGACGAGACAAGGUGAAAAAAUAUAAUAAAAAGAAAGUAAGACAUUGGAACUGGAAGUGUUUCUGUUGAAUUGAGUUAAAGAGAAAGUUAAGAUAAAAGAACUCCAAAUCUUCCGCGUGAGUGUGUUUGUGAUUUUUUUCUGUAAAGAAGAAGAAGUGGCAUAAGAUUCAUUCAUCAGAAAAGUAUUUCAUAAAUCAUCAUCAUCAUCAUGUCGUGGCCUUCAGAUGUUGGAAUAUUGGGAAUUGAACUCGUCUUCCCAUCGCUCUUUGUAGAUCAAACGGAGCUUGAGCAAUUUGAUGGAGUAUCAGCUGGUAAAUAUACUGUUGGAUUGGGACAAGAUCGAAUGGGAUUUUGUACUGAUCGUGAAGACAUCAAUUCUCUUUGCUUGACUGUCGUCAGUAAUCUCAUGAAACGCUACGAUGUUAAACCGAAAGAUAUUGGACGACUCGAAGUCGGGACUGAGACGAUCAUUGAUAAGUCAAAGUCAGUGAAGUCGGUGCUGAUGCAAUUAUUUGAACCUCACGGUGUGACUGACCUUGAAGGUAUUGACACGACAAAUGCUUGUUACGGUGGCACUGCAGCUCUCUUCAAUGCCAUCAAUUGGGUUGAGUCAUCGAAUUACGACGGCAGACUUGCACUUGUUGUAUGUGGUGACAUUGCUGUCUAUGCAAAAGGAUCAGCACGUCCAACCGGUGGUGCCGGUGCAAUUGCGAUGCUUGUCGGGCCAAAUGCGCCGCUUGUCUUCGAUCGUGGCGUAAGAUCAAUUUACAUGAAACAUGCAUAUGACUUCUAUAAACCGGAUUUAAGCUCCGAAUAUCCAACAGUCGAUGGAAAGUUGUCCAUUCAAUGUUAUUUGAGUGCCCUUGACAACUGUUAUCGCUUAUAUCAUCAAAAAUAUCAACGUCUUCAUCCUAAUGCGACAGUUAUCGGCUUGAAUCAAUUUGAUGCUCUCAUCUUUCACACGCCUUAUUGUAAACUCGUACAGAAGUCUUUGGCACGCAUUAGUCUUAAUGAUUUUCUUCUCACUUCUGAUUCGCAAAAACGAAAGGAACUUUAUCCAACUUUCUAUGAGAAAUAUGACAGCAUUAAGCUUGAGGAUACGUAUUUUGAUCGUGAUGUCGAGAAAAUCUUUAUGGAUUAUUCAAAGGGAACGUUCAAUGAGAAGACGAAACCUUCUCUACUGUUAGCUAAUCAAGUAGGAAACAUGUACACGCCGUCUGUUUAUUCAGGACUUGUGUCCCUUCUUAUCAGUGCUGAUGCUGAUGUUAGCAAGUUAAAUGGAAGGCAUGUCGGUGUCUUCUCAUAUGGCUCGGGGCUUGCCUCCACAAUGUACUCAAUUUCAAUAACAAGUGAUAGUUCGAAGCUUCAAUCAUUGCUGGAUAAAUUGAGCUAUGUAAAGCCGUUGCUUGAACAACGAACAAAGAUUUCGCCUGAACAAUUUACGUCUUUGAUGGAGACGCGAGCUCAUAACUCACAUCGAACAAAUUAUGAACCAAGUGGUGAUGUUUCAAUGCUCUUUCCUGGCACUUACUACUUGAAAUUUGUUGAUGACAUGCAUCGGCGGACGUAUGAAAAGCGAGAAUGAUCCGAACGUUGUAAGGCUUAGGAUGAACUCUUCAAUUUAGUAUUUCUUUCAUUAGGUUUUCGGCUUUUACUUCUUUAUCUUCUUGCUCUCAUUUUAUACUUAUCUGAUGGUCAGUUUAAUUAUUAUUGCAAUUAUUUACUUCAAAUGAACUUGGAUGAGGACAUUAAGAAAGAAAAAAUUAAUAAUUCGUACUUAUAGCUCAAUCUUUGAUAAUUUACACUUUUUUUCUUAUUUCGAAAGAUUUGGUAGUUAAAUGUAGGCUAGAAAAAAUAAGUGAGGGAUGACAAUAAUGAAUUAGGUAUUGAACAAAACAAAAAUAAUAAAAAACAAAAAUGUUUAAUAAGGGAUUGAAAGAAAACAUUGAAUAAUGUCAAAUCAAAUUAAAGUUCUCAUGGAGAACGUGGCAUGGUGCAUUAAUUGGAUUCCGAUGUGGCAAACUAUCAACUCGUUGAAUCGUUAUUUAGUUACAUAAUAAAGAAAAUUCCUUUCAUUUGCUAAUUUAUUGAUGAUGACAAUUUUAAAAUAAAGAAACUUUCUCUGCAAUUGCUUCGAAAACUGAAGAACAAGAAAAACAUUUCAAAAAGCUUAAGAAACAAAUUUUAUACUCGAAAUCAAUUUAUACCAGAUUAAUUAGCUCAUAACAAAAGAUUUCCAAUACUUAUCGAAAGUAAAACAAUCGCAGAUUUCCAAGAUUUUCAUUUCGUGCCUUAAACAAAAAUUAUUGAUUAAGAAGUGAAAACAAAUAUCAGAAAUAGUGAAUGAUGCAAUAAAGCUAAGGUAAAGAUC